CCGUUCGAGUCAGUCUACGAGCGACAACGUUUAAGGAAGGUCGCGCUGUUUCGCAUCCCCGCAGAAAUUUUUGCCGCUUAUUGCUUAUUAAUGUAAAUCCGGUGAAUUAUAUAUAUAUAGUUCUAUAUAUAUAUAUUCCACGUAUAUAUAUAAUCUUUCUCUUACCGCAUUCAAACAACAAAACCAAGUGAAUACCAUACUUUUGGAAACGCGCGAAGGAAAAUCGCGGUGAAGCGAGAAAAAUCGGAAAAAAUCGGCACUUGCAGAGUGAAUGAAGGAAAACCGGAAAAUCUUGCUUCUUACCGUUGCGAUUGUACGGACCGUUGUGCGUAAGUGAGAUCGUGACGAAGUCGGAAAAGUUCAGUGUGUUGUUGUCUCCAAAAAUCGGACAGCGAAAAAAGAAAAUAAAAACGAUUACACGAUUUUUGCGCAAAGUUUCGCGAAAGGAGAAGCCGCUUUUAGUCGUUCCGAUUUAUUUGUUUCCUUCCCAUCGAACCGUGUAAUCCGUGUAUUUCCGUUUCCGAUUUGGGUUCGGUUUCUCUUCGAAACCGUGUGUGUGUAUGUGCGUGUAUUGCUUCGCGUCUACGCAAGUGACACAUGUGUGUGAAUAAACAAUAGACUUUUCGAGGAAAACAGAACAGCAGAGCAGAAGAUUUGGCAGCUCGCGCCCGCUUCUAAGGACACACUUUCAUCCCGAUUGUAUCGUGUGGUCUUCGCCUGGCUCCUGUCGUCAUCGUUGCCGUAAAUUGUAACGCAACACUACCGGAAGACUCCCACUCAGCUGUGAAUAGUUUAAUUCGGACGUUUGACUAAUAGUGAAUUACCUCCCACACAAAAAAAAAAGUUCCUUCUCAAGGCAGUAUCGAAUCGGUAGCAAAAAAAAAAGUGGUACGUGUUGAUCGGCAGCAGCAGAAAAAAAGUGUUCCGCAAUAAGAUUGGAGAAAAAUUCUCAUGAAAAUUCAUCAAAAGUAACGAAAAUUUAUUUCACCUCUCCCGCCCGCAUCGUCGUAAAUUUCCGAAAGCCGCCCCGCGCUAAGUAAAGAAGGCACGGUAAAAGAAAAAUCAUCGCUCUUAAGGCGCAUUUUUUUAUUGUAUAGAGAGGAAAAGAAUCAGUGUGUGAAAUAUUAUUCCAAUCAAUUUUCCCUGAAAAUCGUAAAUAUUUGAAAAGCGGCGCACCAAGUGGAAAGUGUGUACCAAAAAAAAUAAUAAUAAUAAAGAAGCAGUAGAGAGUGGUGUACCUCAUCGUAUUGGCACAUCUGACACACCAGAAGAGAGCACGGACGAAAAGAAGUUAUCCUUCGCCUCAUCGUCAUCGUCAUCAUUGGGAAAACAACCGGAGCUUGACAGCGGAAACACGUUUCGCCAGAAUCGUCCAAAAAUUAUAGCGUCGUCUCCCACCCACAAGAAGUAACGCCCGCCCUGGCUUUGCGCUCGCUGUAGCAGCUUUUUAUCCGUGCACCACAAGCAACGUGAGUUCAUCGCGCCUCCUCCCUCACACUUCUGCUAGACGCACGCCCCCGAUGCCCGCUACAUCUCGACGCUAAGUUUGUGCUUGUGCUUUUUGCAUCUUCUUCUGCAGCAUCCAAGAAAUAAACGAAACCCAUUACAUCAUCCUCCCAGAAACAGUCACAGCACUAUCACACCAAUUAUAUACCACAGAGCCGAGCGCAGCAGAAGCGAGAACAAGCGAAGAAAAAACCAGCUCCUCACAUCGUACUCGCCGAGUAUCCGAUUUCCUUUUCCUGCGCGCGGAGCCACUGAGCAAAGUCUGCCGCCACCGCCGCCGCCGCAUCGCAACCAUCUCGAGGAACGAAAGUAAUUAGAAGUUACCAAACCGCGAAAGGAAAAAAAAGAGGAGGCGACAUCAGGAAAAGUCGAAACUCUUUCCAAGGACAAUCAAAGCUAGCGUCCGAUAGGCGAGAAUAGCGAGGAAAGCAGCAGCAGGAAACGGUGUAUCCUUAAAGGACAGAACAAAAAAAAAACGCGAAUUAUCCUCCUCCGUCGAAGCACAUUUGUAGUAGUCAACCAGACUCCAGUCGGUCAGUCAGUAGUCAUCGAAACUGGGAGACAGAGAAAACCAAAAACAAGAAGAAAAACAAACGUCCGUUCCUGAGUAACUACGAAGGAAUUAAUUUUUUAGCUUAUCAAGAGAGAAAGAGAGAUUAAGAAGCGAAAGUACCUCUAGUCUUCGUUUUAAUUGCCAUAGGAAUUAGUUAGUGGGAAGCAAACAGAAACCACUCUGACGCGGAAGACAAGGAAAGAACUCCUCUGAAAACUGAAUCAUCUACAUCGACUAAUUUUGUGAUACUGCGGCGAAAAAGUCAAGGACAUACCGUAGAACCCGGCCACAGUGAUUUGAGACUAAUUACACCGCACCGUAGACCCAGAGUAGCGAAGAAAUUCUUAGUGCGUUCUUAGAACAUCGUUGUCACAACUGGUAGCCGUUUCGUAGCUAUUUUUGUCGAUAGUGAAUGUACGUGUAAAGUUUCCCAUUGCCCCUCACGACUGUCUCAUCUCCGUGAAUUUCGUGUUGUUAAGUUCGUGUUUCUUCCCCCCCAGGAGAACACGUGAUAGGAUAUAUCGCACAGAGACGUGUUGUGAUUUACCUUGAGUGAGAGAAGAAGAGUGCGUGCUGAGUUCCUACUCCUCAUCACCAUUUUCGACCUAUACAAAGCAAACCAGACUAUCGAACGUAGGGCCUAAAAACACAUAAACGAAGCAGCCGCUAAUCAGGAAACACACACCCACACAGCAAAACAGCAAUGGCCGCCAUGAUGAACAUGACGAACCUACUGAACGGCAAGGACUCCCGCUGGCUGCAGCUGGAGGUGUGCCGCGAAUACCAGCGGAACAAGUGCUCCCGCCCGGACACCGAGUGCAAGUUCGCCCAUCCGCCGGCCAACGUCGAAGUACAAAAUGGACGCGUCACCGCGUGUUACGACAGUAUUAAGGGUCGUUGUAAUCGUGAAAAACCACCGUGUAAAUACUUCCACCCUCCCCAACAUCUGAAAGAUCAGCUUUUGAUAAACGGACGGAAUCAUCUCGCUCUGAAGAACGCCAUCAUGCAGCAAAUGGGUAUCUCGCCAGGACAGCCAGUCCUACCGGGCCAAGUGCCAACAGUGAAUGGCACAACGACGACAGCGGUGGCCGCGGCGGGUGUACCUCCGGCUGCAUCGGCCGCGGCACUUGGAUUCACGAUCGCCUGGGGGACCCACCAUCCGCCCUAUACUACCUACGUUGUAAGCCACACCAACGGGGGCAAUUGCGUCCCAGCGGCCAUCAUGAAUGGCGCCGGCAACUGUCCGACCAGCGUCACGAACAACAACAACAGCAACACCUGCAACACGUCCACCACCACCCUCAACCACCACAAUAACAAUAACCACAUCAGUACGAACAACAACAGUCAGAGUGGCGCUAGCAAAGCAACUAAUCCCUACCUGACAAGCAUGCCGGCAAGCACCUACAGUCCGUACUUUCCGCCCGGCCAUCUGAUGCCCACCCUGCUAGGACCAGCGGAUCCGUCCGGAGUGUCCCAGCUCGGACCCGUCGUGCAGCAGGCUGUAGUCCCGACGGCACAGCAAAAGAUCCCCCGCUCGGAUAGGCUCGAGGUAUGUCGCGAAUUCAUGCGCGGUGCCUGCAAGCGAGCGGAGUCCGAAUGCCGUUUUGCUCAUCCGCAGGAAAGCGUUACAACACACGAAGACGGUUCCGUCACGGUGUGCAUGGAUGCCGUGAAGGGUAGAUGCGCUCGUGAACCUUGUCGCUACUUCCAUCCUCCUUUGCACCUGCAGGCUCAAAUAAAAGCAGCGCAGUCACGCGCAACCGCGAUGGACAUGAAAACGAUGGGAACUAUUUACUAUGAAAACUUUGCUUUCCCUGGAAUGGUUCCAUACAAGCGAACCGCCGCUGACAAGUCCGGCAUUCCGGUUUACCAACCCGGAGCGACGACCUACCAGCAGCUGAUGCAGCUCCAGCAGCCAUUCGUGCCAGUGUCAUCAUCAUCUACGAUACCCUUUAAUGCUCCUUACGUUAUCUACACCGACGCGAAUGGACAGUUUGUCUUUCUUGUCCCCCCGUUACAGUUACUGGACACCCUCCCGGUGUGCCAAGAUUUUAAUAGAUCGAUGUGCACGCGCCCGACCUGUAGAUUCGUACAUCUAAUGGAGUGUGAUAAAGUAGAAGUAUGUGAUCAGCGCGUGGCGGUCUGUCGUGAUCAUGCGAAGGGUAUGUGCAAGCGCAAGCAAUGUAAAUAUUACCACAUACCGAUAGUACUGCCACCAGCGAACGUGAUGGCCGCCACGGCAAAACUAGCAGAAUAGUUCAGAAACAUCCAAUCAACCCAAAACACGCAAGAAAAAAAAACAAACAAAAACAACAACAAAACAAACAAACGCAAAUACACUCACCUACAACCAAUACCCAGCCUGUUGACCCCGAAUCAGUGGCAUCCAGUGACAUGAGUGAAAACUAUCCGAACGAUCCAGCGAAGGCGACCGACGACGCUUCGGACGUGUCAAACGUGUCAACAGGCCAAUGACAGUGAAAGCAAGAACAAUAAAACUCGAACGGAGGCAAUAGAGAACUUUGCCGCCACUGUGUGUGUGUAAAAGAGGGAGGAGGGGGACAUUCUUUCGUCCAAUUUCGUAGGUGACGAUUUUUGCGAUGUAUUUCCUAAACUAUAGCUGAAUUAAGUUGUACACAUGUUUCCGUGAGAUGAUGUUAUGAAUCUAUGUUUGUAUCGGUUUUAAAUUUGAUCCGUUUUAUUUUCUGUGGAAUGUGGUAAUCGUUCUGUAUCAUAUGUUUUUUGUAUAUUGUUUUUUUUGGUUAUCAUAUCCGUUAUAUAUAUUGGAACAUUUUUUCUCAUUUCCUUGUACAUGCUAAGAUGCCCAGACAAUGUAUACAUCUGGAUACAAGUAUCAUAAUUUAAUUUUAGUGGGUGACGAAGAGGAAUACAUCUCAAAAUAUGAAACAUCAAAUGUAUGAUCUUAUGAUUGGAUAACCUAUUUAUAAGUUGAGAUUUAACACCACAUAUUAUAUAAAUUAAACGUUUUCUAGAGGAACAGGACUAGCGAGUAAAGAACAAAUUGUAUUAAAUUUGAUACUAAGUAAACCAAAAAUUAAUAAUUCCGUGAUGAAACAAUCUAUACAAAUUUAUUCAUGUUCUUCUACACAGGAAAGAUACUCUUUUUGAUUUACAUAUAUUCUGGAACAAGUGGAAUAGGAGCAAAGUUGUUCGAGGCAGAAAAAAAAUAACUAUACAAUCGGAUGUUUUUCAAGAAUCAACCGAACACCUUUAAUUCAUAUUGGAGUUUUAUACACAUUUCACAGCAAACUGAACACGAGAACACACCCCUUUCAUUCUAUCACAGGAAGCACGUGUAUUUAACUAAUAUCCACACUCACACUAACACAAAACUUACUCGACGAGGGGUGCAAAAAACACACGCACCCACGCACUUACUCUCUUUAGAACAAGAAGAAGAAGAGAAAAAAAAAGGAAAAACUCAACUGAAAUCUGAAAAACACGUCCUGUUGGAGCAACGACAACGUAUAGUUUAUAUGUUCAUAUUGUAUAUCGAAUCAAAACUGACUAUAAUAGGUUGAUGAUGAAAAGAAACAUGGAUGUAAGAAAUGAUGAUACCUCUCUAUUUUAUACUUUAUGUACGGAUAUUUACGUUAUGUUUAACUUGUUUAACUUUUGUUUUAGUUGUUCAAAUUGUGAUUUUUUUUCAUAUAUAUUGUUUAGUAUUAUUUUUUUUCGAAUUAGAUAUUACACAUGCAAAACAUACUUAUACACUCACAACACACAUACACACUCAAUCAAAAGUAUUCCUAUUACAAUCUCUUAAAUGUAAGUUUGAAAACAAAACUAGAAUAACAAUAAACAAUCUCAGCGUUAAAACACAUUCUUCGAAAGUAUCGUUUAUAGAUUAUUUUUUGUUUUCAGUUAGAAGUCCAUUUCAUUCGUUUUUGUUGCGCACCCAUUCGGUUCUAAUUCUAGUAGGCUAACAACACACUCACAAACACACACACACACACACACACACGCAAAAGAAUGUGAUCAGGAAUGGGGAUCUCGAGAAUUGCAAAUUUUUGGAAAUUCAUAAACCAAAACAAAAAAAAAACGAAGAGAAAGGAAAACACUUUAAAUGAUUUCAAAAUGCGUUGAAAAAAAAACAUUCAAAAUGUCUUUUGUUUUUUUGUUGAAAAGCAAAUGUGAAACUAGGAAAAAAAACAAACUAAUCGUUUUUAAUAACAAAAGAAAGAAAAACACUACGCUAAGGAAAAUAAAAACGGUAAUUGCAACAACAACAAAACAGUUUGCUACGGUGCAAAUUUGAAGGAUAAACUAGCAUGCAGAAUGUAAAGACCCGGAUGCAGAUUUUGGCUUGCUUUUGCUGCAGGAACGGAUUCCAUCAGUCACGAGUAUUUAAAGGGUUUAGUUUCGUUUUCGUUUAUCUUGUUGUGUAAGGCUCAAGUACAUAACAUUCGGUUCGUUUAGCAUUUGGGGUCGAAAUGGCGCUUCAAAUACAAAAUGAAGGAAUGUAUUUUUUUUCGUUUGUGAUAUGUCACGUGUUCCUAUUUAGAGAGAAUUAUGUUUUUGUAUGCCUGAAAUGAUCGCUUCUUAAGGGUGGACAGAUCAAAUGUGAAGAUCCAUAAUGCUUUCGCCAGAUCUGUCCACUGACCGCGCGCUUGGUCAAGUUUAUUUCGCUACCUUAAAUCCCCGCUUCGCUUGGCAAAAAAGAUCCGAAACAGUACACCACACUUCGGAAGAGAUUAAUAUUUAGGAAAGAGAACAAAAAGAUAAACACUAAUUGGAAAGAACCAAAUAUGAUUUGUCAAGACUGAAAAGGUAAGAUUUUAUGAAAAUCUUUCUUUGCAAACCCGUUCUUCAACUUUGGAACGAAGUGAAAACGGGACAAAUUGCAGAAAACUGGAAUCGAUUAAGAGUAAACAUUAAUAGUGAGAGAAGCGAUCGCUGAGUCAAAUCCAUGGGUUAUCAGAUCAGAAUUUCGCACAGUUAUGAACACAUAUCUUCAAAAGGUAAAAACUCCUGACCACCAUUCGGUAGGAUCAAAACACCCGGGAUAGCGCAUCCAUCGCGUGGGUGUGUUAUUUGCACACAAUUUUCGUCCCGUCAUUGAUCGUUAUUUGUGUUUCGUUUUUCCGUUCAAAAACCGUGACUGCCGUUUUUUUCCCCGGCGGCUGUUGGGGAAAAUUCGAAAAGAGUGUGAAAGUGGAGUAAACAAGAAAAAAAAGAGUUAGGGAGAAAAAGAAAAGUGGAAAGCAAGCAAACUAAACAAGAGCAGAAGAAAAAUAUUUUUUAGAUAGCUAGGAGAUACAUUUAUAUAUUAUUAUUAACUGAUAGAAACAAAUAAAACUCAUUGAUGAGAAAACACCUUCAAAUAGAACGCAAUGAAAUUGUAUUUAAACGAAGGACAGACAGAGAAACACAAAACAAGUUAUUCAUAAACUGAAUUGAACUAAAACAUGACGAACAGAAAUGGAUAAACUUGUAUUUGAGCGAGUAAUCUAAUUUUAAAUAUUAGGAAGGAAGAGAAAAAGCAUAGUGAACAGCAGCAUUGAAAACGAGUAUUAAUUUGUAUAAUUUUUCAUCCAAUCCCAAAAUUUAGUUUAGUAGCUCAUGGCGAUGGCAGUAUUUUGUUUGUUUGAAGUGAUUGUCUAUUAAGUAAAAUUGACACGAGUACUGGUCCGAUUGAUUUAUUCCGACGAUCACACAGAGGAUGUUUUGGUUGAUAAAGCAGCAAAUACUGUGAUAUACUAAGCAUUCAAUGAAAAAUUGAAAAGUGAAUUCAGAAAGUGUCCCAAACCCAUAACAAUCAAUCACAACUCGGUUGUCUGGGUUCCUCGUUAUGAAUUCCUUAUCAAAAGUGGUGAGAAUUGAAUAUAUUUUCGAAAAUUUAAACUAUCAUCAUUCAGUUUCUGUGUAUCUAGUCAGUCGGUUUUAGGGUAUUUUGCUUAUUGUUACACGAGUGUUGAUUUUCGCCCAUUGUUAUACAAGAUUUUGACUAGUCUAACGAAUUCAGUUUCCCAAAGUCAUCGAGUUCCGUUCGACUAUCUGUCUGCAUGCCAUCAUUAUUUGUACUUCCUGUUUUCGGUUUCGAUUUUACGAAAAAGGAAUGCAAUGAGCACACUUUUACCAUCAGCUUUUAUUUGUACGAACAAAUGAAUUGCUGACCGAAUACAAAAAUGUUCCUGGAAAGAUAAAAUAAUAAGCAAAACGACCGAAUCCACGUCUCAAAUACUCCUUAUAACAGAAACCGGAUAAGUAAAGGCAAUAGACGCAGUAAAAUAUGAGGGAAAACAACAAUGAACCGUAUUGGGGAAUUAUUUCAAUCCUCAACACCGAUCUUUUUGAACACAAACACAAACGCAUUCUUACACAUAAACACACGAACAGGAACACUAGAAGCAUGUUCUUCACUCAGUUGAAAGCCGCAUCGAAGCAAACAGUCCUCAAUACGACAAAGGAAUAAUACAUAAAAAACAAUGAAAAUCCACAAAUCAACGCGGGAAAAACCUACAACUUUUUAUGAAAUGCGUACGCGUAAAUCUCUCACACACACAGCAAAUUUAUAUUAUUUGUAAAAGAAGGAAUAUUAGCAUCCGAGGGAAAUGAUGAAACAAACAAAUAUUCUAAUAACGAAGAAAGAACAGAAAAUAACAUUAUAUAAAUAAUCUGUAAGAUUUUUAGUAAUAAAACAUUAUUGAAAACUUUACUCAAAAAUACUUUAAAAUAUUAUAUGAAUAAAACCAUUAUUAUCACUAUUGAUAAUGGAACACAUAUAUAACAAAAAAAACACACACACAGAAAGUAUUUCAGUUUACUUAUCCACUAGUAAACCUUUCCGCGGAGAGAUAAUAGAAGAAAGAAAAGUUUUCUCCGAAAUGAACCUAGUAGGCCGAAAAAAAGAAAUAAAUUCUAGCAAGCAAGUGAACCGAUACCGUGACAGCUGACACGGAAAGGAAAUAAAAUAUACACAUCCUUCUAUCUAGCAAAAGAAAAAAAACAUGAAACAAAAUCAGUGACCUCAAUGAUCGAGGGUGAAAGUAGUAGUAUAGUAUUGCUCUAGUACAGCAAAAAUUUCCCACAGAAUAUGAACAACAAUACAUCAACCCAAUUCGAACAUCCACAACAACAACCGAAAAAGCGAAUUCAAAACAGUAAAAAAACAAAAAAUUGAAAGAAUAGAUCGUAUCGAGAGAAACAGUCGUCACAUCCCAAAAUCCGUUAUGAAAAAAUCCAUAGGAACACCCAUGCAAACGAGAAAAAAAACACUAGAAAACACAUAAAAGUGGCCCCGAUGCACGAUGCAGAUAACCGUGUAGACAGACUUCCGUAUCGAGACCCGCGUGCAUUCAUCACUGUGUCUGUGAUAGUUCUAAAGAAAAUUUUAACGUACUAGAUCAAGUCUAUGGAAAUAAGGUGCGUUGCGUUGCGUCGCGUUGCGCGUAAGGAUGAUAUUUCGCAAGUUAGCAGCAGAAAAAGAGAAGAAGAAGUAGCAAGAAUGAAAAUCAAAAAAAUCAAAAACAAGCCGCCGGGUGCGACACCGCGUGGAUCGCGUGGAUUUGUGGAUGGGGGAGGAUUUUUUUCGGUCCUCUCCAGCCCCGCGGCCGCCACGUUGUGCCCCCGAUCCUAUCAGAGUAAUUUCUAGCGAUAAAAUAAAAUGAGGGGGAAAACCCAGAAACUGAAGGAAAGUUGAAUCGGACUCCAAUGACACAGUUAGCGAGAGACAAAAUAUUUGAAAGAAUAAAGUCAAACAUUAAAUUUUUAAAAAAAGUAAUGAAAUAAUGUUAAACGAUAAAUUGUUGUUGAUAAAAAAUAAAUAAAAACAUCACUUUUAUUAUUAAAGAACUUAAGGGAAAAAAAUAUGAUUAGUUGUGUAGCAAUUCUUUAAUUAAGUGAUUAAAAUACAAUAUGAAAUAAACUUUAAAUGAACACAUGAGAAAAGUAUCUAAAUUAACAUAAGGAAGAACAGAACAACCUAGUGUUUUCGAGAAACCGAAGCAAAAAUUAUUGAAAUUGAUAAAAAAAAAUAUUACAAAAUAUACAUAUGUUCCAUUUUUUAAAUAUAUUGAAAAAAAAACAACAUGUGAGAGAAAGCAACACUACAAAAUGUAAAAACAAAACUGAUCAAUCAUUGUGAAGUCUAAAACUAUUUUUUCUUCAGUUCAUCGAACAGAAAGUGAAUGGAGAAUAAACGAAAAAAAAACAAGUAGUAAUGGAAAAUAAUAAUAAUAAUAAUAAUAUUGAAGUACAACCACUUUUAUUUUUCAAAGCAAACACACUUACAUAUGCAAAAAAAAAGGAAGAACGUGACACAAAACUGAAAAGAACAAAAACUGAUUUAUGUACUAAAAUUAUUUUCAAAAUAAAACAUUUCAAUUUAAAUUUAAAA